UGAAGACUAAUGAGUUGUUGUAACGUUACUUUUAACACAUAGUUUAUGGAGAAAUGGCUGGUGAAAUGACGAUACUCGGUUCCGCCAUCCUGGCGCUAUUAUUGGCGGGUUAUCUUGGUCAGCAGUAUCUACCUCCUCCUAAACCCAGAGUAGUUGGGUUGGAUCUCGGCACAACGUUUUGUUCUGUCGGGGUUUUCCAUCCCGGGACCGGAGAGGUGGAAGUGAUCGGAGACGAUAAGGGUCGGAAGAGCAUCCCCAGCGUGGUUUCUUUUACCGCUACUGACAUCCACGCGGGACACGAGGGCCAGGACUUUUCUGACAGCAAUCCUCAAAAUACUAUCUAUGACGCCAAGAGGUUUAUUGGGAAACUUUUUGAUCCUGAUACACUUCGUCAAGAAAGUGCUAGAUACCCAUUUAAGGUUAUACUAAACAAUGGGAGUGCAGAGUUUGUGGUUUCAACCAAUCAGACCUUCACCGUGACCCCUGAAUUCAUUGGCUCUCGUCUAUUGCUGCAAAUGAAAAAGAUGGCAGAGAAGCACUUGGGUGUCCCCAUUGAAAAAGCAGUUAUAUCCGUACCAGCUGAGUUUGAUGACAUGCAGAGGAACUACACCAUCAGAGCAGCCAACCUGGCAGGACUGGAAAUCCUCAGAGUGAUUAACGAACCCACGGCAGCUGCUAUGGCCUACGGCCUCCAUAAGGUGGACGUCUUCAAUGUGUUGGUUGUGGACCUUGGCGGAGGGACGUUGGACGUGUCUCUGCUAAAUAAACAGGGAGGCAUGUUUCUGACCAGAGCCAUGGCAGGUAAUAACAAAUUGGGAGGACAGGACUUCAGUCAGAGGCUGUUUCAGUAUGCCAUGGAGCAGGUGAGGCAGAAAUAUGGUGUCUCCCCCACGCUGAAGGAGGACAUCCAUCGGCUACGUCAAGCGGUAGACGCCGCCAAGCUCAACCUCACUGACGUGUCCAGUGUUCUUCUUCGAGUUCCUCUGCACCUCCAGACUACAGGACCAGACGGACGGGAGGAGGAGCAGCACAUCCUCUUCCUGGAGACUCUGACCCGAGAGCUGUUUGAAGACCUGAACGCAGACCUCUUCAAGAAGAUCCUGGCUCCUAUUGAGACAGUGCUGGAGGAGGGCCACCUGAGUCAGGAGGAAGUGGAUGAGAUCGUCCUGGUUGGAGGCUCCACCAGGAUACCCCGCAUUCGUCAAAUCAUUACCGAAUUCUUUGGGAAAGAGCCCAACACGUCAGUGGACCCGGACCUGGCGGUAGUGACCGGGGUGGCCAUCCAGGCCGGAAUUAUGGGAGGUUCCUGGCCUCUGCAGGUUAGCGCUAUUGAGGUUCCCAACAAACACCUGCGCAAGACGAAUUUUAGCUGAUUUGACGCGGAAACUUUUUCAAACUGUUGUGCUGAAUUCAUUAUCAUGUGACUUGUACUCAUGUGACCAGCUUGACAUGAGAUUGAAACAUGUUUCUUUUGUUGUUUCGUUGGUUUUAUUUUGCCUUUUCAUGUGCAUAUAUUUUGUAUGAUACGUAUACUGUAUUUGAGGCAGUGACCUGUUGCUGUAGUUGCUUAAAUGUUCUCACUGAGAACGCGUUAACGUCAUGGCAACCCAUUCAAACUUCGUUUUCGUAGGGAAUCGUAAGUUGACUUACAGGGUGAGUCAUGUUAUCUCCAGGAAUUAGACCAGAUGUGGUCAGAUAAGCAAGAUUUGUGAAAAUACCUAACCUGUAUGUAAGAUUUCUAGCUGGUAAAUGUCCUUUUAUUUUUGGUUAUUCAAACGAUGAUAAGAUUUAUCAGAAUACUUGCCACGGGCCAAAAUAAGACUGAAUUGUCAUGUUAAUAAAUAACCACUGGUAAUUUGUGUAGACAGUAGCAGAACUGUUUUUAUUCAGGGAGUAACCAUUUGUGAAGAACUGUGACCAACCCUUUCAGAUAUUUAUUUAUUUAUUUAGUGUUUCAGCUGCCAGUUUUUCUGUUUGUUUGUUUGUUUGUUUCGUUUUGUUUUUCUGUAACCAUGACAACAUGCUUGUGCCUUUUUAAACUAUCUGCUACUGUUUAGUUUUUCUGUUAGCUUAUCUGUAUCUCACUGAAGUUCAUAGUACAGUAUAAGCCUCGAGAACUGAGGUUUUUGGCACUGCCUUGUGGCCACUAUGAGAAAUACUGAGAAGUCUGGCACAUUUGGAUUUGUGCAUUGUGUGUCUGAGUUAGAAAUGCAGGUUCUAGGCAGAUGAAAUAAGAGGUGAUGAAUGGACCAAGACAGAGUAGCACGUAAGCUCUGCACAGAUAAAACAAGUGACAGGAGGUUGAUUGGUUUCUAGUGUGUGUAUGUAUGGGACAUGCCAUAAAUGGACUCUAGAGCUUUAAGGUAUAGGAACAGUAAGUCUGCUCUGCUUUUCAGUAACAUGGACAAUAGAAAGAACUCAUUCCUCAACAUGCUUCAUGUUGUUUUUGUCUUUUCUUUUUGAAGUGUGAUAACUUGAAACUGUAAGUUAAACUUUUGAAGAAGAUGUCACCUUUGGUCACUUUGUACUUUGUAAGACUGAUACCAGACUUGCACGUUUUGUUCGACAUUUUCAGGAGAGAAUUUAAGAUGCCAGAAACCUAACUGGUUAUUAUGAAAUACAUAUUAGUUUUUAUUGACAAAGUGUCUAUGAGAAAAUUUAGACGUGCAACUCAACCUGUGUUGUGAAGCAUG